AAAUAAAAAAAAAAGAUUUAAUUAACGUUGGUUUGUGUGGGUUUGGUCCCAAGUUAGUAACUUAUGUAGACUCUAAAAUGUAGAUCUACAUCUAGAUCUAGGUUCUAUAAUAGUCUAGUUCUUUAUCCAGAUAUAAUAUUCUCUGUUGAUCUAGAAUAUGUAGAUCUAAAUAAUUCUGAUCUAUCUUUCAUAUUUCGAACUUUAAUUAGAUCUAGAUCUAUUCUCUAGAUCUACUUUCUUUAACUUUCCGAAAGAAAAAUGAGCUUGAUAAAUUUACCUGUCACUGCGAGUUGGAGGCCAGUAACUACUAAUAAGUGCCCAUCAAAGCAAACCAUCUUGUUCACAAUUAUAUUUUUCAUGAUACUCAUAAUACUCUAUGUAGUAGUUGGGCUGAAGCAAGAACCAAAGACUGAGAUCAAAUAUUUACUGGAUUUACUCAAGGGCUCUUCACCAAAAGUUCUGAAAGUCUCUUAUGACUUUGUGACUGAACCAAGGAAAAUAAUGUCACUAAAAACUAUCCAAAAUAUUAGUUUCCAAUAUUAUAAUGGGUCAAAUCUCACAUCAAUAGAAAACUAUGAUGGGCCAAAUCAAACACCAACAGAAACUCCUUUAAAAUCAACAAUAAAAAAGAAAGAGCUUAGAAUGCAAGCCACUAAUUACUUGACUCAGUAUGCUAGUUUGUUUGAUCCUAACAAAACUACUACAUUGAAAGCAGAUCCAAAUAAAUCCAGUACCAUUCAGACCUGGUGGCAGGCAGCAGCCAUGAUUGACUGGUAUUUUAAUGCACCACGCCGACAUGUCUGCUCAGAGAUUAAGACUAUGGGUAACUGGCUUAUUUGUCAGGACCCACCUUAUACAGUGCGCCCGCCUUGUCUUGUGUAUUCAUUCGGUAUCAAUUAUGAUUUUUCCUUUGAUGACGCAAUGAGUUUACUAGGCUGUGAGGUCCAUUCAUUCGAUCCAAGUAUGAAGACUGAAACCAUGAAAAGGGGAAACAACUCUUUUUUCUAUAAAUGGGGGAUAAGCUUUGUGAAUACUAAUACUUUUGUGCCAAGAUUGGAUUGGUAUGUGAAAAGUAGACAAGAGUGGACAGUCAGGACACUUAAGCAGUUGAUGAAGGAACUAGGACAUGAAAAGAGAACUAUUGAUGUCCUCAAAAUGGAUGUUGAAGGCUACGAAUGGGGAAUUGUUUCCAACUUGAUAGAGACAGAUGUUUUAAAAUAUGUACGUCAGUUUAUGCUGGAAUUUCAUCUGUUCCCAAAUUUUCCAUCUAUGUCUGAUUAUGUCCAUCUAUAUCAGACAUACACAGCUUUAAGAGAAAUGGGUUUCAUUGAAUAUUUUAACUAUCCACAUCCUAAGACUUUGAAAAAGGCACACUUUAAUAACCAAUGUGAUGUGCACUUUGUUAACAUUUAUUUCAAUUGGACUAGUCAGGCUUAAUCGUAAUCUUCUCAAUGCCAACUACUACCAACCAUCUUACAAUGUUUUUUUUAUCCUAAAGUUUACUGAGUUUUUUUUGGUUUCUUUUAUGUUUUGGAUGUUCCUUCAGAUUUUGAAGAUAAAAACAUACUAGCCCAAAACCUGCCGCAGGAUGGCGGUGGGCAGGGCUUAAACAAUACUAAGUAUUUCUUGUACUUAGA